CUAAAGCUCUGAACUUGAAAUUGAGAUUAUGAAAAUGUCGAGUUUUGCGUGUAAUCUGAACUCCAAAAUCUCUGCAGCCCUUCAGUUUCGUGCUUCCUCAAUUCCCUGGGUGAAUGGAAACAGGGCAAUAUUAUGUUUGAAGGAGAGGGAAUAUAGUUCAUCAGUUCCAGUAAGGUAUAUUCCUAAGAAACCUUUGGAAACUGAAGAGCCCGAAGCUUCUUCACAUUCAAAGGGUUUGAGAAAGAAUGAAUCUCGUAAAUACCCUGCUUCGAAUGCAUUUGGAAGAAAGUUUACAAAUAAUAGAAGCAGUGUUGUUGAUAAAAAGUCGCAAACACGAAACGGAAUGGUCAAGAAAAAUGUAUUAUAUGAUGAUGUUAAACAAGGCCAUGAAAUAAUGGAGAAUCCCGUAGAUAUGGUUGAGGAGAUGCCUCAAGGACAGGGUAAUAGUGGAAAGAAUUCAUUACAAGUUUGCAAGGGAAUCUUAGAUGCCGAGAAGUCAGCAAUUGAAUUACUUGCGGCAAGAGCAUAUACAGCAGUUGAACUGAGAAAGAAACUGCUUGUGAAGAGAUUCCCUCCGGAGAUUGUCGAGACAGUGAUUAGGGAUUUCCACAAUAGAGGAUUUAUCAAUGAUAGCUUGUAUGCGGAAGCAUUUUCUCGAUCUAGAUGGUCUUCAUCAACCUGGGGACCAAGGAGAAUCAAGCAAGCAUUGUUCAAGAAGGGAAUAAGUGAAGCUGAUGCAGAAACCGCAUUAAAACUCGUAUUUGAGGGUCAGAUUGAUGACUCUAAUGAUGAUCAGGAAUCCCGGCUUGGUUUGUCAAAGCUGUCGAUGGAUCACCUCUUAAUUCAGGCCUCAAAGCAAUGGCUUCGAGGUCAGGAUGUCUCCAAAGAGACACGCAAGUCAAGGAUUGUACGGUGGCUUCAGUAUCGCGGUUUCAACUGGGGUGUUAUUGGUUUCAUUGUAAAGAAGUUGGAAUCUCAGUAUCCUCCCUAAAGCAUUGAAAAGGAUGGUUCAGCAGAGUAUUAAUGACAAUUCCAGGUUUUGGGUUUAGAUUAGGUUUAAUACCCGUAAUUCGAGUUUCAAAAUUCAUGUCGGAGCAUGGUCGGCCAUUGCCGAAAUUCGGUGAAUGGGAUGUCAACGAUCCAGCAUCAGCCGAGGGGUUUACUGUGAUCUUUAACAAGGCAAGAGACGAGAAGAAAACUGGUGGCAAAACCGAGCCAGCAGCAAACGCUGAUGCUAAUAGUAAGCCAGGGGCAGAUCCAGGAAAACCACAGCAAAAAAAGAGUCUCUGCUGCGUGUUGUAAACCGUAGCCGUUCUCGGCUUCUAUCACGAUGUGUCCUCCUUCAUUUUGGAAAAAAAAGGCAUUUCUGCCUGCAAGCAACACUGGUGGAAUCUUGAUGAAGUCCGGCAUGUAAACGAGCUUCUGCAAGUAUGUUCAAGCCACCACCAUAUAUAUAUAAACAAAAACCAGAUCUUCAGUGCUGUUAUAAGUCCUGGAAUUACUUUUUGUGUGUGGUCUAAAAUUUAAUUCGCGUGUUUGUC